CUCACGAAAGCGGAUGUGACGACAUACGUUGACUAAAGAAAGCGCAUCAUGGGGCUCGGAUAACAACAACAAAGGAGUAAAACGUACCGUCUUGCGAUUAUGUUUCGGUAAUGGUGCUACAAAUGCAAAAUUAAUUUGCACCAUUGUUCAGUUUUUUUUAGCAAAGACCUGAGAAACUGCUGCUGUUGAAUUUGUCUGCAGCAAUGCAUAAAGAGAAGCGAUUUUAAAGUUUCAGUCAGCUAUCUCGUCGUGCUUUUGCCAAUUUUAUAUGUUUUGUUUACAGUCUCAUUCAUGACCUUUUUUAAAUUCAGCGAGGAGAUUUUUAGGGACCAGUAGUAGAAGAAAUGGAAAGCACAAUAAUGGAGGUAACCAACUCAAAUACAGAGCCAGAGUCAAUCCAGGCUCCUACUGCAGAAAUGUCUACUAGUCCAUCCAGCACAGCUGGGACAUCCCAGACUGCACCUGCAAAAGGAAAAAGACUUUUGAAAAGAAAAACAGAUUCCCUUACAGAUGUCAAAAGCAAGAAAAAGAAAAAAACAGUGAAACGAACUAUAAGACCAAAUUACACCGUCCAGGAAGGAGAGGACAUGCUUUUGAUUAUAUCAAAUAUAAAUAGUGGUGACAGCAUAUGGAAGCCCAAGCGGAAGGGAUCUAAGAAAAAGAAGGUUAACGCAAAAGGCAAGGGUAAAGCCUCUGCUAACAAAACUAAAAGAGCACCAGUAAAAGUGAAAAUCCCUAAAGUCACAGAGGAAACUAUUGAUAAAAAUGUUGAUUUGGAGAGUGGUAAUGAAGAUGGCUUUGACCGCUGGGGUCAGAGUUUGCCAAUAGAGGUCCUGGUGAAAAUCUUCCAGUUUGCAGUUCUCCAGGAUGGAGCCGUACCUUUUCUGUGCAGGGUUGGCAGAGUUUGCCGUCUAUGGAAUGGAGCUGCAUCCUCUCCUAUCCUGUGGCGCAGUGUGUCAAUUGGCUACUGCUGGAUUGAACCCGGUAAGAGUCAAUUACCUGGGACAGAACAGAAGAUUAGGAACACUAUAGACUGGCUAGCAGAAAACAGAUUGUCUCAGUUGAGAGAGUUCUCUCUUUGCCACUGGAAAAAACACGCUGAUUAUGUAAUCCAGAGAGUUUCACAAUCAUGCACCAAUCUUCAUUCUCUCAAGCUGUCUUAUUGCACGGGAAUGACAGAAACAGCCUUUCAAAACCUUGGCACUCACUGUCGAUCAUUAGAGAAUAUAAAUUUGCAACACUCAGAGUUUAAUGUUGAUGGUCUGGUGUCCUUCCUUGAGGCAUAUGGCAACCAAAUAAAGAACAUUUACUUCACACACAGCACAAAGAGUGACAAACUGCUCAGUGCUUUGUCUAAAGGUUGCUGUCCUGAACUCAGGCUGCUGGAGAUCAAUACUAAAUUAGAUGGAGGAUACUGCCAGCUUCCCAUCUGUAUUCAGGCUUUGCAGAUUGGAUGCCCUAAACUUCAGACAUUUAGGUUAAUGAAUGUCACUCCAGUUCCUAAAAUGAUCCGGAACACACCCAGUACAACUUCUGGUUUUCCCAUGCUAGAGGAGUUGUGCAUUGCUACUUCCUCUCACUCUUUCAUGACUGACAGUGACCUGAACAAUGUGCUCCACGGCUCCCCCCACCUGCGUGUGCUGGACCUACGUGGUGGCUCCCGCAUCACAGCCACUGGUCUCUAUGCUCUGCCUUGUGAGAGACUGGAGUGUCUAUAUUGGGGCCUGUACUUCAACAGCAAUACCAUGGUAGCAUCCAAGAAAGGCAUACACAUGCUUGCCCACAAAUGGAGCGGCACCCUCAGGGAGCUUGAUUUGGCCAACCAGCCAUUUUCAGAAGAGGACAUGGAGAUUGCCAUGGGCCAUCUUGCACAUGGUGCUGGAGUCGAUUUGUUUCGCUCCCUGAACCUCAGUGGUACUAAAAUCACUUCAUCUGCACUCAGGUUACUAAUAAGCCAGUCACCAGCACUGAAGUACUUGAAUCUGUCUUCUUGCCGGUAUCUGCCCAGAGGACUCAAACGAGUAUAUCAUGGUCAAGAAGACAUUCAGCUGCUACUGGACAAGUUAGAUUAAACAUGUAUGUAUUGCAGGAACUCUUGAUAUUUAUUCAGUUAUUUUCAAAGUGUACAGAAUUUAAUUUCUCCUUUUGGAUUUGUAUAUAAAGAUCAGGCUACUUUUUCACUUCAUGUCAGAAUUGCAAAUACAAUUUUUUAAAUAUAUUUUUUAAAUAUUUACUACACUAAUCUGCAACCAUUUUUGUCAUGUUCAUGUGCUGGUAUGCAAUAAUAUUGAAUAUUGUGACUUUCUAACAGUUUAAACAAGCCAUGUUCAGCAAA